AUGCAGCGCGCAAACCGAGACGACGCUCCUUUGCUGCCGCGGCUGCAGCUACUACUAGGUACACAGCAGGAGCACCAGCACCCACAGCAGCAGCAGCAGCAGCAGAUCAGCAGCAGCAGCAGCAGCAGAUCAGCAGCAGCAGCAGCAGCGCGCCCCUCAGCAGCAGCAGCAGCAGGUUGCGGCGCAGCCGCAGCGCGCCCCCCAGCAGCAGCAGCAGCAGGUUGCGGCGCAGCCGCAGCGCGCCCCCCAGCAGCAGCAGCAGCAGCAGCAGCAGGAGCAGCAGCAGCAGCAGCAGCAGACCUCGUGGGGGAGGCCCGCCGGCCUCCAAAGGCCAGCAGCAGCAGCAGCAGGGACAGCAGCGCUGACAGCAGCAGCAGCAGCAGCAGCAGCAGCAGCGAGGGCGAUAGCAGCAGCACGAGCAGCAGCAGCAGCAACUGCUGCAACGGGAGCAGCAGCGAAGAACCCUCUGCAGCAAAAAUGAAGCAGCAAAGGAAAAUGUAUGAAGAGGGGCGCCACAAGCAUGCCCACCACUCCACUUUGAACUUCACGAAGUGGGGCCUUUCGGAGUGGAGCAACUUCUCCGCGCUGCUGUGCGCGCUGGACUGCACUUUGCUGCCGCUCUUUGCUGCUGCUACUCCCUUUUUGGGUUUUGUUGCAGAGCAGCAGCACCUGCUGCUGCUGCACGCAGCCUCCAAAUGGGUGGCGCUGUACGUGGUGCUGCCUCUGGGGGGUUUUGCUGUAGCAGCAAACUACCUGCAGCUGCGGCGGAAGCUGCUGCUGCUGCUGGGCCUUUUUGGUUUGCUGCUGGUCUUUGUGGCUCACUGGGGGUGUCCCCACUCCCACGAGGGGGAGUUUGCUGCUGCUGCUGCUGCUGCUGCUGCUGCAGCAGCAGACCCCGCUGCUGCAGCGGCAGACCCGCAGCAGCAGCAGCAGCAGCAGCAGCAGCAGCAGCAGCAGCAGGGGUGGCUGGCCGCGCUGCUGCUGCUCGCGCAGCAGCAGCACACUCUCGUGUCUCUUUGUGGGGCCUGUCUUCUCCUCAGCAGCAACUUUAUGUCUCGCAGGUUGAAGCAGAAGCUGGGCCACGCGCAUGCGCACUGCUGCAGCAGCAGCAGCAGCAGCAGCAGCAGCAGCAGGAAGAAGCAGCAGCUCGAGCUGGGCAGGGACGACAGCGACGGCGAAGACACCCACGACAGAGUCUCGCUCAUAUGCAGGGACUAA